ACAGACGAAGCAAGCGCAAAAGGAGAAGGUGGACGUGUGGGCAAUGAAGGAGGUAGUAGUAAGUUGUCUCGUAAGCGCAGUGGCAUUGCUCCUGGUAGCCUUGCUGCCGCCACUGUGGACUCUCGCAAGGCGGCCGUUCUCCAAGAAGUCAUGGGUGAGACUGGCUCGCGUAGUGUCGUUGUCGCUGUUGACAAAAUCUUCUCCGGCUCAGUUCGUCUCGAUGGAGAUGCUAUUGUGGACUUUGUGCAGGCUCUCUGUCAGGUAUCCCUGGAGGAGUUAUCAUUGCCCCAACCCAGGACCUUCAGUUUGCAAAAGGUAGUGGAGAUCUCCUACUAUAACAUCGGUCGUAUUCGUCUUCAGUGGUCUCGUAUCUGGGAGCACAUUGGUCAGCACUUUACUACUGCUGGUCGUUCGAGCAAUGAGGAUGUGGCCAUAUUCGCCGUGGACUCUUUACGUCAACUUGCUGUCAAGUUGAUAGAAAAGGGGGAAUUACCUAAUUUUCACUUCCAAAAGGAGUGCAUUCGCCCAUUUUUGAACAUUCUUGGAGAUAUCAAUGACGUAAAACCCAACAUUCAGGAUAUGGUGGCUCGUUGUGUCUCACAGUUGAUUCAAUCUCAGUGGACCAAUAUUCGUUCGGGUUGGACCAAUAUCUUCCUUGUACUUUACGUAGCAGCUGGAUCCACUGAAGCCAAUGUCAUUGAGGUGACAUUCAAUUCCUGCGCCUUUGUGAUUAACACGGUCUUUCAAAAUAACUUCUUCCUUCUUGUGGAUUCCUUCCCGGUCUUUAUAAAGGCUCUCUCUGAGUUCGCCUGCAAUCUUCAAUUUCCUGACACCUCAAUGGAGGCUAUACGCUUGAUCCGGCUCUGUGCUCGAGUUGUUAGUGAGCGUGCCACGCAGUUUGCGAAGGAGGAUACUGUCCCAGUAGUUAAGACUUCUUCUGAUACUGCUCCUUCAGGCACAGUCGUUUCCUCGGAACAAGGGAAGGACGAUGAAGAUGAUGCUGCCUGGAAGCGUGGGUGGAUGCCAAUUUUCUAUGAACUAUUCCGAGUUAUUAAUAACUGUAAACUGGAUGUGCGAACUCGUGGCUUGACAGUAUUCUUCGAGGUAAUCAAGUCCUACGGUUCCAGUUUCGUCCUCUCCUGGUGGAUUCAGAUCUUCAAGCUCAUUUUCUCCAUCUUUGAGCAUGGAAGGGAUACAAGUUCUAGUGCUGCAGGAGUUCCAACAAAUCAACGGCAGCAGUCUUCGGCUGAACAUGCGGCUAUAGAAAGGAAUUAUCGCCGACGUCUCUUCUCAGGUGAUCAACUGGAAGCCUUCGGUAUUACUUAUCGCAUCUUUACCAGUCCAACGGAUAGAAGUGAAUGGCUUAACACCACUUGCAAUCAUGCUCUCUACUCUGUAGUGGACAUAUUCUCCCAGUUCUUUGACAAAAUUGCUGAUGAUUUGCUCGCUGAUCUUUAUGUGCAACUGAAGUGGUGUUGCCUGCAAGACCACGAGCAGCUAGCUCGUUCGGGCACAAGUUGCCUGGAGACUAUAGUACUUACAAAUGGAACGAAAUUCGAUGCCAACAAGUGGACUAUGACGGUAAAUCUUCUUGUGGACCUAUUCAAAACGACUGUUCCGCACGAAUUGCUAACUUGGCGACCGGAUCCAGCAGUAUACGGUGUAACAGGCAAUGAAGAUGGGGUUAAACGUCGUCAAUCCGCCCAAACACGUCUCUUUUUGCGUCUACUUGUCAAUUGCAUCGUGCAAUACGAGCUCAUCCAAACAGUGGACAACAUUCUCUUUGUCCCCUCUCGUAGUCGUGAGGAGGACGAUUUGAUCUUACGUGAGACGCGUCGGUCUUCUGCUCAACUCAACUUGCCCCUCCUCAAUGGAGCACCGACCCCUAUAGCUGGCGCAGCAGUCCCUCUAUCCCCUGUUUCAAAUUCUAAGCAGGCUCAUACGCCAGAGGAAAAGAGACUCAUUGAGGCUGUGACAAAGGAUCCUGUUGCUUCUCCACCUACUCCGUCAGUUGUUGAACCUAUUCCACAAAUGGACUUUGGAGGCAAGUAUAGCUGGUUCUUGACUCAUUCAGGGCUACUUUGUUGUUUAAAUGAACCUUUCACUGUAAUGUCACUGAUCUCAAACUUGAGCCAGAUAAUGGAUUCGUCUUGUUAUCUAGGUAAAUCCAGUUCCACUUGUCAAAUGGAACUAGAUUUAGUUAAAGUAAGUAGACUGGCUGAUCAAGUAAAAUUUUGUUUGCAUUAUCUUAAAGAACCAGAGGAGCUGGUAAAUGGUUCGUUGCCACUGCACAAAAAGGCUACAAUUCCAUACGUUUCCUACGAGAAUCGUCUUACACUUGUCCAGUGUCUCAUGGAAUCACACCGAUUCGCCAAGCUCUUCAAUUCAAAUAUUGAACAACGCAACAUUCUCUGGGAGGCCGGUUUCAAGGCAAAGGCCAAGCCGAACUUACUUAAGCAGGAAACCCAUAGUCUUUCCACAGCACUUCGAAUCCUCUUUAUACUCAGCGAAGAGGAUCGUGAUCAUCAGAAAGAGGCAAGUUUGAGAUUCGAACACGUACUGGUCGCGGCUCAUUUCAGUAGACUAAUUUGGAACAUUUUUUUACUACAGAUAACAGAGAUGCUGCAGACUAUAAUAAUGGAGGCAAUUGUCUAUUAUCGUAGUCUGCCAGUGGAUGGCCAUAGACAAGCAUGGGAUAGCUGUAUACUCCUCACCUUAACGCGACUAGUACAUCUCGCCCCGGAUACCAGGUUCGCUGCCAUAGCGACGCCCCUCUACACAACUGUCUGUGAUCUGGUCGGCCUGCCUAAUCUGUCCCCUGAAAUUUCUGUCCUCCUGCGCGCAUUCCUUCUACGGGCGAAUAGUAGGUUAGCUGCAGCCCAGUAG